AUGGACGACACCAUCGGACCAGUCGACCCAAAAACGGUCCGAUUUCAUGAUCAAGCACAGGCUUGUAAGGAUCUCAAUGAUCCUUCUCAACACAAUGGCGAAAACGGCACGACAGAUUCUCAGCAACCUACGAAGGACUUGCGUACAAUCAUCUGCCACCACGAGGAGACAAUCACGAAGCGCUGGAUGGGAAAAUCCAAGUCGAAGCGCAAGGCUCUGUUAUUGAAGGCUUGGCCUGAGAUGCCGCAGAUCCAUCGACCCGAUGUUAAGACAUGGCAGAGUCUACGCAACGGCCAUUCCCUUGAGGACGAAGACACGAUCGCCUUGAUGUGGCCAAACCUCAAUUCCGAAGACCUGAGCAACAAAGAGAUUCUUUUGCUGAUGCUCCAUCAACGCGCAAGAUUCCAUCCCCACAAAUUCGCGAACCAUGACAUUGGUAUCUUGAAUUUCGGCAUGAGAAAUGGUCUCAUCGGACAAAUCGACCUCCCAGGUUACUUCGCUGUGCUUCGAGAUCGUGAUUCGCCCGAGACCUAUGGAAAGCUCUACUCUUGGGACGAUGACGCGGAUGAUGUCCAGUCGGAGCCUACCCGAGGAUGGUUUACUGCAGGCGAUAGCUAUUGGGCUGUUCUAGCACAAUCCCAAAUCUACUGGUUUCUGAACGUUAUCUGCCAGCAGAUUCUCCACGACAUGUCACCAGAGGAGGUCUACCCGGCACAAGGAGACCAUAUUCUACCGCCGGAAUACCCAUACCACUUAACCAAGACCAACAUUGAAGGCGUCGAAAUACUCGCCAUCCAAGCAUAUGAGGAUCAGUACAAGGCACCAAGGUCAACUGAUUUGUCCCGAAUCGUAACGUUCAUUGGGACUAAGCUGGCGCACGCAGAGGAUCACCUAUGGGCCUUGAGAGAGGACCCUAACUACUUGGUGUUCACUGCGAAGGAUAGAUUGGAACACAUGACGGAGAUGGUAGCCGAUGUUGACGGCAAUCCCGGCCCACAGCGAGGCCUGAGCCGGACUAAACUAUGGGCUCGAGUUUUCGAACGCGUUAUCAAAGAAGCUAUCGCGAAUGUGGAUAUGUUCAAUGUCCUCUUCAAGAAGGCUUGCCGACUCAACUGCCUUAUCGUUACUCAAUUUAAGGAAGGCCUUCUGACCCCCAAGAGCCCCCCGACACCGGAGCUGAACGAGGCGUUAUUCGAUAUUUUCCAUAAUCUGAUUUGUUCCUCGUGGGAACUUCUAGCUACUGCAGAUUUCGAGUCGAGCGUUUACAGCUCACCACUGCUACGAGACACGUUUUAUCGUUCGGAUGAGAUGUCGGCUAUAGGACAUCCCCUUAUUUGGCCCCGGGAAAAUAUCAUUCAAGAUUGUAUUCGCGAUCGUCUCAUGUGGAUUUUCAACAACUUGUCAACCGAACACAAUCGAUUCGACAUGGGCGUCAGGGGCCUAGUUGCCGAGCUAGACCUAUUCACGCGACAAGAGCCUAAGGCCAGAGCUCUCAUGAGUCCUUUCGUAGCUGGCCAAGUCUCGAACUUGGGUCUCCUCUGCGAGUGCCUUUAUCAGCUUGAAUUCUUCCAGCCCUGGAUCUCAGGUUACCGAUCCUACUAUAUGAAUCAUGCCAACGAGCUUAACGAUCAGUGGAUGCUGGAUCACCUGCAGGAAACCUACCUCGGUAAUGCGAAGAAGGAGCUUUGGGAGAAGGUAGCCAAGUCGCUCAAGCAUGAUUCAAAGGGCGAGUACGUUUUCGUAGCCGAAGAGUCUUCCACUCCGACCGAGGAGGACAUCAAGAGAAGACGCAUGGUAGAAGCACAUCAAGACAGAUUCUGGACGGUCCUCCUUCGUGGUCUGAGGGACGUGGACGCGGUAUCGACGCACGUCGAGAAUCUCUUGUAUCGCGAUGAGUUGCAGAGAACUGCAUCUUGGGUGGAGCCUGUGAAGGCGGCUAAGAAAGAAAAGAAGAAGAAAGACGACAACGUCCCAGUCGAUCCCGUAGACCAGCUUCUUGACGAAGCUAUUGCCCAGAACAAGAAGUUGGCACAGAAUGGAGAUGGAGAAGGAGAGGGAGAGAUGAAGGCUCCGCCGGUGACGAUAGAAGUUAACAAGCGCGCCUUGAAGGUAUUCAAAGCCCUACUGUUCGAAGGGCUCGGCAGUUACGAGGUGACAAAAGGAAUACAAUGGAACGACUUCGUUUACGCGCUGAUGUCCGUGGGAUUCAAGGCGGAGAAGCUUUUCGGGUCUGGCUGGGUCUUCACGCCUGACAUGGAUACGAUGGGCUUCGGCCACCCCACCUACUUCGAGGAACCGUACAUGGGUGGCGAGAUCAACUACCUGAUCGUAAAACAAUACGGCCGACGACUCCGCAGAACUUACGGUUACAGGCGCGAAAUGUUCAAGCUUGCUGCAUCACAGCCUAAGGAGGCCCAAGGAAGCGAUGCCGAUUCGAAAGUCGAGGCGGUUUAGGGGGUGGGAUGGUUGGGGAGGCGAGGUGGUUUAGGAAACUAACCUUGGUAUUUUACGAUGAAGUUGGUGUAUCAGUUGCAUAAGUACCCUGGGUUUUCCAUCCCCGAGUCCAUGGUUGGAUUAUCUUCAGGGUACAGAGUGGGAGGGGAAUAUUUUGCAUACUGGGCUCGUAAUCUGGUAUCAGAGCUCAGUUGCUAACUUCUUCCAUUUCGCGUCCCGCAAUUUCCUCUAGGAUUAUCGGACUGCGCGUGGUUCGAUACAGUUCCUAUUUUCUCUUGCCUACGAUGGCAUUCAUGUAGUUAUGG